CUGGCAUUUUGUAUAUUUGACAUUUUCAAAAAGAAUCUAUUAGAAUAAAAUUGUUCUCUAUUCGUCAAACAUGUUUUUUGAUAUAUUCCAUAAGUUUCCAAAACUACUUUCAUUACAAGCUGCAAAUGAAACUAAACCCGCAGGUGAAAAUACACCCGCAGAAGAAGAGGUAGAGGUAAUACCAGACCCGUUGGAAGUAUUACGGGAGAAAUGUCGGGAAACUGAACAUGCCAAGAAUUUAGCAGAGAAAUAUCAAGCCUGUAACGAUAGAGUGCUGUCUAAAAAACGAACAGCCGAGACUUGCGUAGAAGAACUUUUUGAUUUGCUGCAUGCCGUUGACCAUUGUGUUAAGAAAGAUUUAUUCAACGUUUUGAAAUAAUUUUCGGAUUAACGUUUAUUUUUUUUAGAUUUUUCACUGUAAACUAGUGUUAUAUUGUUUCGGUUGAAAUAAAACUGUUGCAAG